CAAAUUAACUUCAGGUCAAUGCAAACAGUGCAGUCGAUUACCAACAUCAUAUCCACCUUAUCAGGCCAGAUGUGAUCACUACAUGUAAUCUUUGUCGGCGGUUUUUUGGAUUUGCACUGUUUCCUUGAGUAGGCUCCCCAAUACAACUUUCAAUGAAUCUUGAGCAGCAGCAACGAUAUGAAGUUCCUAAUUUACCUCUCCAUCUUCACCAGCAAUCUGUUCAUCUCAGCUGACAGGAAUACUUGGAGGAAUCAUGUCAGAUUGAGAAGGGAACUUCGUUUGAAGGGACAUACUUUACAGCAGAGGGACAGUUCUAGUUCAGGUAUUGUUUUAGAAGCAAACAGACAACUUUCAGAUGUGGAGCUCUUUGAAGGGGACAUUGUUCGUGAUGAGUUUGUGGACUUGGUUUAUGGAUUUGAUAAAGCUUCAAAAUCAGGGCAGUUUGUUGACGACACAAUGAGGUCAUCAGAUGAUGAUGAUGACGACAGAGGGACUAGUGACGAUAUUUUACCAGUUGACGUCAUGUUAGAUAAUCUAUCAAAAGAAAGGAACAUCACCUUUUUAUACUCUGAAUGCCCCACAUCACUCCGGCAGAAACGAGCAGCUACAGUGGGGACUAGUCGACUGUGGGCUGACGGUGUGGUUUAUUACGAGUUCGAUCACUCCAUCUCACCUGAUAAACUAGCUGUUAUAAAAUCUGCGAUGACUCAUUGGGAGGCUAACACUUGUUUGAGGUUCCAACCUCGACGAAGUGAGAGGGAUUAUCUCUCGUUUUACAACGGAGCCGGAUGCUUUACUACCGUGGGGAAAGCAGGAGGGAGACAAGGAGUCAGUAUAAAUGAUGCAUGCAUGUACAUGGGUACAGUCACACACGAGAUAGCCCACUCGCUGGGUUUCUGGCACGAGCAAAGCCGCCCUGACAGGGACCAAAGUGUGCGGAUAGUUUGGGAGAACAUCGAACCCGGAAAAGAGCACAACUUUAACAAGAUGGACUACACACAGAUUGACUCGCGAGGAGUUGAGUAUGACUACAACAGUAUCAUGCAUUAUGGAGCAUUUAGUUUCGCUCUCAACCACACCAGGCCUACAAUGGUCGCUAAAAAGAAGUCCCUGUUUAAUAAUCGCAUCACCAUGGGACAGAGAUCCAGACUGAGCCCUCUAGAUAUUGAGCAAGCUAAUAGGAUGUAUUGCUGCCCUAAGGGAGCUUGUUCAGAUAACCCUUGUAAAAGAGGUCGGUGUGAAGAGAGAGUGUCUCCUCCCUUCUAUCAUUGCUCUUGUUUUGAGGACUGGUAUGGUGUUAACUGCAGCGUGAAUGAUAACAAAUGUGCACUGCUGCCCUGCGGAAAUGGCGUUUGCCGUGCUGAUGAGUCCCUGUUUGCGGGGUUUGAGUGUAUCUGUAACGAGGCAUACCACGGUCUGCUCUGUGAUAAGGAGAUCGACGAAUGUGAGGAGGAACCUUGUAAAAAUGGGGGAACAUGUUUGGACAAGUUGGGAGGGUACACUUGUGAGUGUAGUCAGGGGUAUAGGGGUGAUAACUGUGAGUUUCUGGAAUGUCCUCAGGGAAUGUUCGGUUGUGUUGAACUGGCAGUUUGUGUUCGGAACAGUAGUGUUUGUGAUUUUAACAACGACUGUGGAGACUGGAGCGAUGAGAGUGACCAGUGUGGGGAGUGUUCCUUUGAGAGUGGGAUGUGUGGGUGGCAGAGUGAGACGGAGUGGAAGUGGAACAUCACCGGAGGUGGAACACUGUCUGAAGAGACUGGUCCUGAUCUGGAUCACACCUUGAGAAGCACAGCUGGGAGGUACAUGUACAUUGAAGCUUCAGUUGUAGUGGACGCUGGAACUAGGGCUGAGCUAGUGUCCCCAAUUUAUCCAGCUUCAGCGAGGUCAUGUAAACUUGAAUUUGCGUAUCACAUGUUCGGAACCGAUAUUAGAACAUUGGUUGUAGAGCUGGUAACACACCAACCUCAACCACUUGCAGUGACUGAACUGUUUCGAAUAAAUAGGAACCAAGGUAAUCAGUGGCAUUUAGCAAAAAUAGACAUUGCAAAGAAAUUCUUCUUCCAAAUCCGUUUUGUUGCUAUCAAAGGCUCUGGUUGGAAGGGAGACAUUGCAAUUGACGACAUAGUUUUUACAGACUGCUCCCUUUUCAACGAUGUGAAUAAUUGUCUCGACAACCAGUGUAUAAAUGGUCAAUGUCUCGACGAAAUAGGAUAUUACACUUGUCAAUGCUUUCCUGGUUUUAACGGUUCAUUUUGUGAAAAUGAAAUAAACGAAUGUGAAUUUAUUCCAUGUGGAGACAACGGUACCUGUGAAGACAAAAUAAACGGUUUUACAUGUUACUGUACUUACGGUUACACAGGAGAGAGAUGCGAGAUAAAGGCUGACUACAUGUGUGACAUGGAGGAGGGGUUGUGUCCUCCUUGGAGACACUCAGAGGACAGUGACUUUAGCUGGACCAAGGGGGCUGGACAAACACCUUCCAAAGGAACAGGUCCUGAAACUGACCACACUACUCGUCUAGGAAAUGGUUACUAUUUAUUUAUAGAGGGUUCAGAACCUCAAAAGGAGGGUGAUAGAGCUGUCAUAGAGAUGGGCCCACUCUCCAGAUCAGAAGAAGAUUGUUUGUUAUCAUUUGCUUAUCACAUGCAUGGUGAAACUAUGGGAGCAAUAUCUGUUUCAAUUACACAACAGAGAGGGAGUUCUGAUGAAAUCUGGUCAAGUCAAGGAGACCAGGGUAAUCAGUGGAACACAGCAAUGGUUCCAUUAGGAAUUAACGAAAGGUUUGUAAUUCAGAUAACAGGAAUCAUAGGCUCUUUCUGGGAGAGUGAUGCUGCCCUGGACGACAUCAUGUUAACUGGAAGAUGUGGAAUCAUUGACCCUUGUCUUGAUAUCGAAUGUGGCGAGAACAGUCACUGCGUGUUAGACCAGAACAAAGACACUUUAUGUGAAUGUAAUUUGGGUUAUCAGGGUCUGCAAUGUACUAAUAAAAUCAGUCAUCAUGGCUUUUGUGACGCAAAUCCUUGUAACAAAGGAAUAUGCCAUGAGCUGGCUGAUGGAUAUACCUGCGAAUGCACUGUGGGUUAUGGAGGGAGGCAUUGUGAGAGGGCAAUACAGGACAACUGUUCUGAUAAACCUUGUGCUCAUGGACUAUGUUUAAAUCUACAAUCAGGACACCGUUGUGUAUGUGAUCCAGGUUACAUAGGACAGAACUGUGAUAUUCUAUCCUGCAAACCUAACCCUUGUGUGAACAGGGGAAUAUGCAUCCAAUUGUCGGGAUCUUUUCUUUGUCAGUGCGAGGCAGGGUUUGAAGGAUUAAGGUGUGAGGAAGAGACUGAUAUGGUUGACAGCAUAAAUAAUAAAAUUUUAAUAGAUUUAACAGAAAUAUCUAGUGAACAAGAUAUGAUAGCUUCCUGUAAGAACUGUAAGAAUGAAGCCUGCCUUCAAAACACAAGCUCAAACAAGUCAUGCACGUGCAGGAAAGAUCUCCCAGGAACCAAAUGUGAGCAUAAUGUUUGUGCAGAAUUCUACUCGUGUUUAAAUGAAACCUGCAACCAAUGCCAUGACAUAUCAAUGAAUUCGAAUGGAGAUAUUAUAAAGACUAAUUUCCUAUUAGUUUCAAUUAUUAAUCAAAUUUUAUAUUUAUUCUGAUGAUUCUAAUUCAUAUUCGGGGAUUUUAUAUUUAAAAUGAAUUUGUUCAAACUCAAACAAUACGAUUUCUCAUGAUACAAAAAUUAUAUAAUGAUUUGGAAGUUGGUCAAACCUCCAUUUUAAAUCGCAAAAUCAUAUAAUUGCUCAGGAGUUAUUGUACAAACGAUUUGGUUAAAUAGGUUCCUGGUAACUUUCGCAAUAAGUCAAUUUCAGAUUAAAGUGUUAGUUUGAGAUCAAAAUUUGCUUGUAGUUAGUAGCACAAUAGUUAUGUAAAUUUGGAAGCCAUUAAAAGCAGAAAAGUUUGUACAAUGAAUUAGGCGUCUCCCAUAUUAUUGAAGAUGUCACUUUCACAAUCGAAAUGUUAAGACAACUGAGAAAAUAUUCAUGCAGUUUUCCUCAACUGAGAAAAUAUUCAUGCAGUUUUCCUGAUCCAACCUACAGUAAGGUAUUUUUAACUUCCAAAGUCUGAUCAAAAAUAAGUUAAUUAUUUUAUCUAAUUACUAAUAUCAACUUAAUAGAGUAAUUAUACACUUAUGUACAUUUUACAAAUAAAUUCAAUGUAAACAGUUAACAUUCAUCCUAUCCAGCUGCCUACACAGCAUCCAUAACUCAAAUUAUCGAACAUUUCUAAGUUAUAUAUACAGACAGAAACCAUGGGCAUGAUACCAUGAGAUAACUCACCAUGUACUCUUAAAACUAAUUGCAUUUUAUUAACAAAACGAGGCAGUUUAUAAUCUAUUAAUCACAAUUUAAAUUAUUAAAUCAAUAUGUAAAAACAAUUUCAAGCUCUACUGUACCUUCUUAUUCAACAGAUUUAUCAUUAAUUGUGGGCUAAUGUGAAAAUCAAUCUGAAUGUGGAUGACCUCUACCUCUCACCCAAAACCGGUUAUAAAGUUCUCUCAAAAUACUUCCAGGACGUCGCUGAUGUGUCUCUAUUAGUUGGGUAACACGUUGAGUAACUAUCUCUGCAACAAUCUUUGGCUCUUCUUCAUCAUCAAAGCUUAAGGGGCGUCCAAGGUGCAUCGUUAGUUCCACAGGAAAUAUCCCAAUGAUAGGAAUAACUGGUAGUCGAGUUUUUUCGUACAGCCAAGAGGCUAAUCUAGCAGAAAAUUUGAUUGAUCUGGCAGCUUCUCUUAUAUUCUCAGUGAAGAAUGGUAUGAUAGGGACAUCUGCUUCAAGAGCAACCCGAGAAAACCCUUGUCGUGCAUUCCAAAUGAGUUCAUAUUUUUCAUCAGAGAGAAGAGACUCUCGGAGCCCUCCUGGAUAAAUCAUUAACGUUUCCCCAUCUUUAAGAGCAGUAACACAGCCACUUAUAGUGCCAGGUGUUAGAUUUAAUACUUUCAUUAAAAGCCUUAAUCCAGGAGCAUUGUACAAGAACUUGUCAACUACUAAUUUCAGUUUUCUUCUCUCCAAAAUACAAUGAGCAAGGAAGUAAUAUGCAUCUAACGGUAAAGCUCCAUGGUAGCCAACGAGUAAGGCACCACCUUUUUUGGGUAAAUGCUGUAGUCCAUCAAAUUCAAUAUUGUGCCAAAUUUUUCCUUGAGCUUCUGUGAUUGCAGCAAGAGACAUCCUAAAUCCAUCCCAAAAGCUGUCAUUAAAUGCUUCUGACACCUCUCUUUUUCUCCAACGGUAAACAUGAGCAGUGAUUGACAUAAGGUAAAACCAGACUGUCAAGAAUAAGGGAGUUAACAUUAAGAACAGAGUAGACCACUUGGCUGCCCAUGCGCUGUACUCCCACAAGGUAGAUAACAUUGUUGUUGUAACCAUUC